ACCGCCCCCAGGACUUUGGAGAGCCAGCGCCAAAGCGUGCGUGGGUGGCUCCGGCGACCGACUCCCGCGGGCGGGGACCGCACCUGUCUGCGCCACAGCUGCCCCUCCAGCUCGGGGCCGGACACCCCGUCAAAAGUUUUCUCGGGAAGUCGGAGCUCUCGCAGUGGAAACUCGAAGCCCAGCAUGAUUCUGUCCAACACCACGGCCACGACGCCCUUUCUGAACGCGCUGUGGCAGGGGACGGCUCACCAGGGCGGCAACACGUCAGGCCUGGCCCGCAGGUCGCCUGGCGGUGACGACAGCCAGCUGGAGGCACUCUAUAUCCUCAUGGUGCUCGGCUUCUUCGGCUUCUUCACCCUGGGCAUCAUGCUGAGUUACAUCCGCUCCAAGAAGCUGGAGCACUCCCACGACCCGUUCAACGUGUACAUCGAGUCCGACACGUGGCAGGAGAAGGACAAGGCGUACCUCCAGGCCCGGGUUCUGGAGAGCUACAAGUCAUGUUACGUCAUUGAAAACCAGCUGGCCGUAGAGCGGCCCAACGCACACCUUCCCGAGAUAAAACCUCUGUCAUGACCCCGCAGUUGGCUAAGACUGGACAGAUCCCAUUUGACAAUCUGAUCUUUCUAAUCAUGUACCUUUUAUAUUCUUUAUCGGAAGGAUGUAAUUGGCGUGUUUUUUUUUUUGCUGUUGUAAAGGGUGGAUUCGUAACACCAUUUCUCUAAAAUCACAUUCCUUCUGUAGGGGACCUCCAGCUAUUCCCCAGUGCCUGACCCUGCCUUGUUAGUUUUAGCAGAAUCCCUAAGAUCAUGGCCUCUGAGAUACUUCCCAGACUCCCUUGCAGCGAGCAAGGUCACGGGAUGAAGUUCUGGCCAGUAGAAGUGGGAGCGGUUCUAGAAAAGGAAGGGGUGUGUCGUCCACUCCCCUCCCCCUCUUCCCAGUGGCUGGGAUGUGGAAGAGGUAGUGAACCAGCUUUGACUCUGUCCAGAAGGACACCAUUGGGCGCCUGGGUGGCUCAGUCGGUUAAGCAUCCAGCUUCGGCUCAGCUCUCGAUCUCACUGUUCGCUGGUUCAAGCCCCGCGUCGGGCUCUGUGCCGACAGCUCAGAGCCUGGAACCUGCUUCGGAUUCUGUGUCUCCCUCCCUCUCUGCUCCUCCCCUGCUCACUCUGUCUGUCUUUCUCUCUAAAAUAAGCAUUAAAAAAAAUUUUUUUUUUUUUUUUUUAAAGAAAAGGACAGUGUCCUCGCAGGUGACAGAGCAGUAAGAGUCUGGGUCGCUGGGCAACGUCAUGGGGCAGUGUCUCUCUACCUUCCUGGUCACCCACCGCCAGCUCAGUCAUUAUAGGAAAGACAAACUAACUCUGGCCUUGCUUGGGCCACUGCUAUUUUGGUUCCUGUUAAAGUAACAGAGUCAAUAUCCUAACUAAUAUCCUAUUUUAUGGGGCUGAGACCAAAGGCGUAAUAUUCCCGUAUUUGUCACAAGCUGGCCGCCUGCCCUUGUUAGGACAAAACCACUCUGCCCUUAUCCUCUGCCUUCACCAGGGAGGCUCUGGCCUCCUCCUCCUUCCUCCUCCUGCACCUCCCUUACCCCCACCCUUCACACAUACCCCCCCCAAACACACACACACACUCACACCCACGGAGGCACACGCGUACACACAGAGAAGCUCUCCCCCUCCCCCAAAGCGGACACUUCCUACUCUCCUAUCCCCAUCUCAGAGGAGCUCACGUCCUCCAGGACUGAGAUGCCGGAGAAAAAAUUUCCACUUCCAAAUGUGUACCAAGGGGAAGGUGCUCAGUUAUCACGGCCGGAGGGAGAGACGCAUCCGCCAACCCCAGAACCCAGGAGAAGGCGUGGGCUUGGGCAAGUGGCACCACCUGGGCUCAAGGCGGCGGGGCCUUUUGAGGUUGACUUGUGUGCUCCCCCCUCAAAAGACGUGUUCAAAUCCUAACCCUGGUACCUGUGAAUGUGACCCGACUUGGAGAUAGGGUCUUUGCAGAUGCCACCAGGUUAAGAUAAGGUCCCUGGGGUGGGCCGACAUCCGAUAUGACCGAUGUUCUCAGAAGAUGUGGGCAAUUAGGUCACGGCCACAUGGGGAGAAGCCUCGUCAAGACAGGCAGAGACUGAGUAUCAGCGGGGAGCCAAGGAGUGCCGGGGAG